UCGCAGGCCCAAUGGGUAAAGGUUGCAUCCAAAUCUGCACAAAAGCUUACGGCAACAUCGCGUUUUACCGGGAGUUCUAGCGCCGACUCCUACCCUCCACGUGCUGGUCCUUUGUCCUCGAAGAGCUUGCUACCCCUUUGUACACCCUGGCAAGGAUGGACGGAGAGAAGAGACGGAGGAGAGCUUGGAACGGACGAUCGCGCACCAUCAACGCCAAACGCCCUUCAUAAAACAGUCGCUCGCGUACCACCAUUCUCUCCACCUCCCAGACAGUAGGCGAACAUGCCCGACCGACCCCUAACCGUCGCUACAUACGCCGCCGGAGCCUCACUCGCCGCCAUCACGCUCGUCUACGUCUUCGGCCCGACCUUCUUCUUCGAUGACGAGGCGGCCAACAGCUCGCGCGCGAGCCGCAAGAAAGGCGUGGUGGGGCUGGUCAACAAUGCCAACGACUGCUUCAUCAACAGCGUACUGCAAGCCCUCUCCGGCCUGCCGGAGCUGCGGCUAUACCUGAUUCGCGAAGUGCACCGCCGGAAACUCGAUGGGCCGGAAAUGUACAAUGAUAUUGCCGCGGCGGUCGAGGAGCAGCGGCGGAAGGAGAGACAGGCGGGCGGCGGCGGGAGUCGGGUGCCGGAGUGGAUGUUGUUGAGUUUGCAGCAGGGCUUGGUCACGGCGGGGUUGAAGGAUGUGCUGGAUGCGUUGAACGAGCGGCCGAUUUACAAGAAGACGAUCAGUGCGCAGCCGUUCAUUUUGGUGGUCGAGAGGGCUUUUCGCACCCGCAUUAGUCGCUCGCAGCAGGAUGCGCAGGAGCUUUUGCAGCUGAUUGCCGAGCGGCUGAGUGAUGAGAACCAUGCAGGGCGGAGGGUGCGGAGGCAGAGUAGGAGGGGUGAGGGUAAUGGGCAUGAGAAGGUAGCGGUGGGGGGAGCGCCAUCGAGCAACGACCAACCCACGACUUUGGAGGAUGGCAAAUCUACCGUCGCAGACGGCCCAAGGGACAGCAAGAUGGCUCCAAACCAUGAUGCAGGACUUGCGAAGGAGGAAGCUGCAGCCACCGCUCGGGGCGACAGCUCCCAGACACCAGAUAUCGACGAUACCGACGCCGAAGAGCAAUUCACGUUUCCCUUCGAAGGCAAACUGGAGUCGCAGGUGGAGUGCUCAUACUGCCACUUCAAGCCCAAACCCCACGUCUCCUCGUUCGUGACAUUGACCCUUAACGUUCCGCAAAGCGCCGGAUCCCUGAACUCCUGCUUCGACGGGAUGUUCAAACAGGAGCACAUUGACGACUUCACCUGCGACCGAUGCAGACUGGACCAUGCGCUGCAAGUUCUCGACAAGCAACUCGACAAGUCUUCCCUGUCUGAGCCGGAACGGACAGCCCUGGAAGCAAAUCGAGAGAAACUCGAAGCAGCGCUACGAGAGGAUCCCGAGAAGCCUCCCGCCGAUGUCAAACUUCCCGUUCUGUCUACAGCACCGAAACGACGGAUAUCUCGGCACAUGCGCAUCUCGAACUUUCCGCGAAUCCUGUCUCUUCAUCUCAGCCGAUCUGUGUGGGACGUGGGCUCGUCUUCCUCGAAGAACACGGCGAAAGUGGCGUUCCCAGAAACGUUGUCAUUGGGCGGCUUGCUGGACCGCAACACCUACCGUCUGCUCGCGGUUGUAACGCACAAAGGCGGCCAUAAUAGUGGACACUACGAGACAUUCCGGCGGCAGUUCUUAAGCGCGCCCUACUCCACACCAACGUCUAUGGGAACAGACGGCAUCUUUGGCAAUCGGCCGAGCCCAAUGUCGAGUCCCCGGAUAUCUACUGCGCUGGAUACGGAGAGGAGCCCCACGAGCUCCAGGCUGAAUGGGUCGGCGAACUCGCCACGGACGACCGCAGCGCCGCUCGAACCGGCCAUCCCAUCUCCCAGCACACUCUCAUCGCAAUCCUCAGCCUCCACCAUUCCUGAGCCCGGCCGAGCAUCGCAGAGCACUACCACAACACCGAACAUCCCGCUGGAAGCCAUGCCCACGCCUGGCCUGCCUCCGCUUCCACAAGAUCGGCAGGUGGACACGACAGGCAACACCAAGAGAUCGCUGAGUCUGUCCAGCGCUGCGAAUCGCAUGCGGAGGAAGAAGGGGCCGGAUCGAUGGUGGAGGAUUAGUGAUGACAAGGUGAAGGAGUGUAAGACGAGUGAGGUGCUGGGCAUGCAGCGGGAGGUGUAUCUCUUGUUUUAUGAGCUGGCAAGUGAGGAUGCUGGAUGAUAUUUGAACUGAAAGCGUGGAGUUUGGGCGUCUUCACCGCCAACAUACAUGAAACCAGUCUGCACACGUAAAAUCCUGCCUCAGGCUACCACAAGCGUACAUUUGAAUCCAGCUAACAUAUCUGAGCA